AUGUCUCGACAAAUAAACCAGCCGUCGAACCAGAUCAAGCUCACAAAUGUCUCCCUAGUGCGCCUCAAGAAGGGCAAGAAGCGCUUCGAGAUCGCCUGCUACAAAAACAAGGUCCUGGAGUGGCGCUCGGGCAUCGAGACGGACCUCGACAACGUCCUGCAGAUCCCAAACGUCUUUCUGAACGUCUCAAAGGGCCAGACCGCCCCCUCCGCCGACCUGGCCAAGGCCUUCGGCAAGAACAUGACCACCGACUCCAUAGUGCUCGAGAUCCUCAACAAGGGCGAGCUGCAGGUCGGCGAGCGCGAGCGGGCCGCCCAGCUCGAGCGCGUGCACAACGAGGUCGUGGGCAUAGUCGCGUCGAAACUGGUGGACCCGCGGACGAAGAGGGUCUACACCACGGGCAUGAUCGAGAAGGCGCUCGACAUGCUGAGCCAGCAGGCCCACCAGACCCAGGGGGGACACGGCGCCGCCGACAAGGACUCCAAGUCUGCUUCUGCCUCUGCCAGCGGCAGCGCCACGCCGGCUGCGGCAGAAAACGGGUCGAAGCCCACGGUGUCUGCGGCUGCUGCCGCCGCCGCCGCACAAGCCGCACAAGCCGCAUCUUCGUCGUCGUCGUCAUCAUCAAAAGAGCACGUAUGGACGGGCGUCACGACCACCAAGAGCGCCAAGAGUCAGGCCCUCGAGGCGAUCAAGGCCCUCAUCGCCAAGCAGCCAAUCCCGGUCGCUAGGGCGAGGAUGAGGCUGAGGAUCACCUGCUCGACGGGCGUGCUGAAGCAGGCUGUGAAGGCACCCGCCGCCGAGAAGGGUGGCAAGGACAAGAAGGGAGGCAAGGGAGGAGCGGCAGACGAUGACGACGAGGAAGGCGAGAAGAAGGCGCCGGGCACUGUCAAGGACAAGAUACUGAGCUACGUGGAACAGAUCGAGAACCAGGAUGUCGUGGGCUCCGAGUGGGAGGUGGUGGCUUUCGUCGAGCCAGGCGCGUACAAGGGGCUUUCGGACUUCAUAGCUAACGAGACAAAAGGUCAGGGACGGGUGGAGGUCUUAGACACAGCUGUCACCACUGAGGACGACUGA